UUGUUUUUGGCAGGUCGCUCCUCCCUGUUCCCAAUCGAUGAUAGCUUGCUGGAUGAUGGCCAUAAUGACCAAGUGGGUGUUCUGAAUUCUCCAAACUGCUAUUCUGGACAUCAGAAUGGGGAAAGAAUUGAACGUUUCUCAAGGAAAGUAUUUGUCGGUGGCCUUCCACCCGAUAUAGAUGAGGACGAGAUCACUGCUAGUUUCCGUCGCUUCGGCCCCCUGGUGGUAGACUGGCCACACAAGGCAGAAAGCAAAUCUUACUUUCCACCAAAAGGUUAUGCGUUUCUUCUCUUUCAAGAAGAAAGCUCAGUUCAGGCGCUGAUUGAAGCCUGCAUUGAAGAAGACUCUAAACUCUAUCUGUGUGUCUCUAGCCCAACCAUCAAAGACAAGCCUGUUCAGAUUCGUCCUUGGAACUUGAGCGACAGCGACUUUGUGAUGGAUGGGUCACAACCGCUUGACCCCCGGAAAACUAUAUUUGUAGGGGGAGUCCCCAGACCACUGAGAGCUGUGGAGCUUGCCAUGAUUAUGGAUCGACUUUAUGGGGGCGUUUGCUACGCAGGCAUUGAUACAGACCCAGAGUUAAAAUACCCGAAAGGCGCUGGACGUGUAGCGUUCUCCAAUCAGCAGAGCUACAUUGCAGCCAUCAGUGCUAGAUUCGUGCAGCUUCAGCAUGGCGAUAUCGAUAAACGAGUAGAGGUGAAGCCAUACGUGUUGGAUGACCAGAUGUGUGAUGAAUGCCAGGGAGCCCGCUGCAGUGGGAAAUUUGCUCCGUUCUUCUGUGCCAAUGUCACAUGCCUGCAGUAUUACUGCGAGUUCUGCUGGGCAAACAUCCACUCUCGGGCCGGUCGUGAAUUCCACAAGCCGUUGGUGAAGGAAGGAGCCGACCGGCCCCGUCAAAUCCACUUCCGGUGGAACUAA